UUUCUUUCUUUUGCCUCUCUCCCUCUCCCCCUCUCCUUCUCUUUCUCUCCUCCCUUCUUGGAUAGCCACAGCCCCCUAGAGCUGAGUCAGACCUUCCUCUCUUCCACAGCAUUGCAGCACUUCAGCAGAAAAGCCAGUCUCCUGCCUCUCUGCCUCUGCAUCUUCCCUUGCAGCAUCCUCUCCACUACCCAUCUCACCAUCAUGGCCAGCACUGUCUCAGCGUACAAAGAGAAAAUGAAGGAACUGUCUCUACUUUCAUUGAUCUGUUCCUGUUUCCACACCCAGCCACACCCAAAUACCAUAUACCAAUAUGGAGAUAUGGAGGUCAAGCAGCUGGACAAGAGGGCUUCUGGCCAGAGCUUUGAAGUGAUUCUGAAGUCACCUUCUGAUUUGUCCCCUGAGAGCCCAGUCCUCUCCUCUCCCCCCAAGAAGAGGGACCUGUCCCUGGAAGAGCUGCAGAAGAGGCUGGAGGCUGCAGAAGAGAGGAGGAAGAGCCAGGAGGCUCAAGUCCUGAAGCAACUGGCGGAGAAGCGGGAGCAUGAGAGGGAGGUGCUGCACAAGGCCUUAGAAGAGAACAACAACUUCAGCCGGCUGGCUGAGGAGAAGCUCAACUACAAGAUGGAGCUGAGCAAGGAGAUCCGUGAAGCUCAUCUAGCUGCCUUGAGGGAGCGGCUCCGUGAGAAGGAAUUGCACGCAGCUGAGGUGCGCAGAAACAAGGAGCAGCGGGAAGAGAUUUCUGGAUAAAGGGCUUUUCUACACAACUAGCACCUGCUUCCUAAUAACUAACAAACAAAACUCAACACUUUUUUUUUGUCUAGAUGAGGCAACAUCUGAUUUCUCCAUUUCCAUUUCCCUCCCUCCCCCCCUUCCCUCUGGUGUACCAAGCUUCAUAUCUCUCUCCUCUCUGUAUCCUUAACUCAUGGGGGUUCAUAGGGGCCUCUCAGCAGAAUAGCAACUAGUCCACAAACAUUAAAUAUAGAAUCCAUAAACCAGCUUCUCUUUGGGCUUUUCUUCAGGAAAAAAAAAA